AUCGCGGCGGGCCUUUCUCUUUCUCUUCUGGUCCCAGGCGCUGCGGGAGCCGCGGCUUACCGUGCAGACAUGGCCAAGUCCAAGAACCACACCACACACAACCAGUCCCGCAAAUGGCACAGAAAUGGCAUCAAGAAACCCUGGUCACAAAGAUACGAAUCUCUUAAGGGGGUCGACCCCAAGUUUCUGAGGAACAUGCGCUUUGCCAAGAAGCACAACAAGAAAGGCCUGAAGAAGAUGCAGGCCAACAAUGCCAAGGCCGUGAGUGCACGAGCAGAGGCCAUCAAGGCCCUCGUGAAGCCUCAGGCUGUCAAGCCCAAGAUGCCAAAGGGCUCCAGCCGGAAACUCAGCCGUCUGGCUUUCAUCGCUCACCCCAAGCUUGGGAAGAAGAUUCGAAGCUACAUGGCCAAGGGUCGUAGGCUCUGUCAACCAAAACCCAAGGUUCAAACCAAGGCAGAGGCCAAAGCUCCAGCUAAGGCCCAGGCCAAAGCUCCAGCCCAGGCUUCCAAGGGUGCCCAGGCCCCUGUGAAGGCCCCAUAGAACAGGCUCCUGCCAGUGUGAAGACAGAUGGACUGCUGCGACACAACCACCUACACACUAUCUGCAGAUGACCAGUGUCCUAUGCUGUUUUUACAAAUAAACUUGAGACAAGACAAAAUAAAUAAAGCAUGACAGCUUAGAAAUGAAUUUCUUGAUCACGAUCCUAGAACUCUAACACCAACCUCUGCUUGAUCUCCGCCGGCCUCCUCCACUAGCCAUGGACCCCUAACUGCUCCUGGGCCACAGUGGACCCUGCUUCUGCUCCUGAGCUGGCUCCUGCAAAUGCAGAUGCAGAUGCACCUCCUGCAAGAAAAGCUGCUGCUCCUGCUGCCCCAGGGGCUGUGUGAAGAGCUCCCAGGGCUGCAGCUGCAAAGAGGCUUCAGAGAAGUGCGGCUGCCAUGCCUGAAGGGAGGGCAUCCCCACAAUGGUACAAAUAGAAUAUGUAGGAACCUAGCUUUUUCUGUACAACCCUGACCCAUUCUGUUCUCCACACCUUUUUCUAUAAAGCAUGUAACUGACAAUAAAAA